AAAGAAAAGGAAAAAGAAAAGGGCACCACAAUAAAAUACGCCCUGCUCAGAUAUUACGCUCGCACACAUCGUUAUUUUGGAGAGAUCUCUAAACGCCGAUCCAUCCUCGCUGCUCCUCUUCUUACACGCAAUUAGUUGGCAGUUAAAAGAUGGGGCUUUCUUUCACGAAGCUUUUCAGCCGGCUGUUUGCCAAGAAAGAGAUGCGUAUUCUCAUGGUAGGUCUCGAUGCUGCUGGUAAAACAACCAUUCUCUACAAGCUCAAACUUGGAGAAAUUGUCACCACAAUUCCUACCAUUGGGUUCAAUGUAGAGACUGUUGAGUAUAAGAACAUUAGCUUCACUGUUUGGGAUGUCGGGGGUCAGGACAAGAUCCGUCCUUUAUGGAGGCAUUAUUUCCAGAACACCCAGGGCCUUAUCUUUGUUGUUGACAGCAACGAUCGCGAUCGUGUUGUUGAAGCAAGGGAUGAAUUGCACAGGAUGCUGAAUGAGGACGAGUUGAGGGAUGCUGUCCUGCUUGUUUUUGCCAACAAGCAGGAUCUUCCAAAUGCAAUGAAUGCUGCAGAAAUAACUGACAAACUGGGCCUUCAUUCUCUCCGGCAACGCCAUUGGUACAUCCAGAGCACAUGUGCAACUUCGGGUGAAGGUCUUUACGAGGGAUUGGAUUGGCUGUCGAACAAUAUUGCCAACAAGAGUUAAGCUCUUGAGCCCGAAAUGACCUUGCACUAUGGCCUGUGGGGCUUUCAUUCUUUAUCACUCGGAUCAUCUAGCAUUAUUAUGCUGAUGGCCUCAGAUCCAGUCGAGAACGUUGCCAUCUUUCGACCUUUCUAUGUAGUUAAUAAUAAUUUUUAGUUUUUCUUGUCAACCUUGUCUUUUCCUACUACUGUUUCUUGGUAUACGAUCGAGUUCUGUAAUAGAAACUACCAACCAGUAUCGAUUUUCACUUUUGAUGAGACAGUCAUGUUAAUAAAGUACAUUCUCAGGGAUCUA